AUGGAGCAAUACUAUCACACCAACUUGUACCUCAACCUUCUCUUACUCUUCAUCUCCGCCGUCUCCCUCUCCUUCUUCGCCAUCUUCUACAAGCACAAAUCCCAAUACUACAACCACCCCAACCUCCCGCCGGGCCGGCCGGGCAUCCCUUACCUCGGCGAAACCCUAGCCUUCCUCACCACCGGAUGGAUCGGCCGCCCGGAGAAGUUCGUCACCGACCGGAUCCGAGAAUUCUCCUCCUCCGCGUUCAAGACCCACAUCAUCGGCAAGCCCACCGUCGUCCUCACCGGCGCGGAGGGCAACAAGUUCCUCUUCACCAACGAGAACAAGCUCGUCGUCGUGUGGUGGCCGGACUCCGUCAGCAAGAUCUUCCCCUUCAGCGAGACCACCUCCAUACACGAGGAGUCCCGCCGGUUCCGGAAGUUCCUGCCGCAGUUCAUGAAGCCCGAAGCCCUCCAGAGGUACGUCGGAGAAAUGGACGAGGUGGCGCGCCGCCACUUCGCCUCGUUGUGGGAAGAUCGCGACGAGGUGGAAGUGCUCCCGCUGACGAAGAAGUACACGUUCUGGGUGGCGUGUCGUUUGUUCGUCAGCUUGGACGAUCCUGCGCGAAUUGCGGAGCUCGGCGUCCCGUUUGACCACGUGGCGUCCGGAAUUUUCGCACUUCCGUACGAUUUUCCCGGCACGCCGUUCAGGAGGGCGAUCAGGGCGUCGAAGUUUAUAAGGGAGGAGUAUCUGAUGGAGAUUAUUAGGCGGAGGAAAGCUGAGCUGGCGGCGGCGGCGGAGGAGUCGCAUCAGGAUAUAUUGUCGUAUAUGCUGACGGCGACCGACGACGGCGGGGAGCAUAUGAGCGACAUAGACAUUGCUGACAAGAUACUAGGGCUUCUCGUCGGCAGCCACGACACCGCCUCUGCCACGUGUACUUUCGUCGUCAAGUUCUUGUCGGAGCUCCCUGAUGUUUAUGAUCGAGUUUACCAAGAACAAAUGGAGAUAGCGAGAAGCAAAUCAGCAGGGGAAUUGUUGAACUGGGAGGACAUAAAGAAGAUGAAGUACUCGUGGAAUGUAGCUUGUGAAGUGCUGAGGCUCACUCCUCCUGUUCAAGGCUCGUUCAGGAAAGCCACUACGGACUUCAUUUUCAAUGGCUUCUCCAUCCCCAAGGGUUGGAAGUUGUAUUGGAGUGUACCUUCAACUCACAAAAACGAGAAGUACUUCCCGAAACCGGAGAAAUUCGAUCCCAGCAGAUUCGAAGGCAGCGGUCCAGAACCGUACACGUUCGUUCCUUUCGGAGGAGGCCCCAAGAUGUGCCCUGGCAAAGAGUAUGCUCGCCUUGAAAUUCUGGUGUUUAUGCACAACUUGGUGAAGCGAUUCAAGUUCGAGAUGUUGAUCCCCGGUGAAAAAAUUAUCGUGAAUCCUAUUUGUGUGCCGGCUAACGGACUUCCUAUUCGUCUGUUUCCUCACGAGGCCGCCAUCUUCUACAAGCACAGAUCCCAAUACUACAACCACCCGAACCUCCCGCCGGGCCGGCCGGGCAUCCCUUACCUCGGCGAAACCCUAGACUUCCUCUCCACCGGAUGGACCGGCCGCCCGGAGAAGUUCGUCACGGACCGGAUCCGAGAAUUCUCCUCCUCCGCGUUCAAGACCCACAUCGUCGGCGAGCCCACCGUCGUCCUCACCGGCGCGGAGGGCAACAAGUUCCUCUUCACCAACGAGAACAAGCUCGUGGUCGUGUGGUGGCCGGACUCCGUCAGCAAGAUCUUCCCCUUCAGCGAGACCACCUCCAUACACGAGGAGUCCCGCCGGUUCCGGAAGUUCCUGCCGCAGUUCAUGAAGCCCGAAGCCCUCCAGAGGUACUGA